AUGCGAAACGAGCCGGACCCUACUUCAAGGCCUCUGCGAUCUAUCACCGAUGUUAUCCCACAUCAGCCUACGUACGAUGGCCAUAAAAGACAGAUCCUAGUCGGGACAACUCUCAGUCCGGUACAGGACAACGGGAUGGCACCAACAGAGAACCAGCACUUUGGGGUCAACAUGUCCAGCUUGGAAUUUGCCCGCAGUGUAUUUGGUGAGGAAGAAGAAGACAUCGGUCGUUCUCUGACUCGUGGCUCAAUCCCUGGUGAUAUAGAAUCUAUGACUUUGGACAGUAGUACUCCUUGGCGCUUGAAAGAUCUGGAAUUGCCACCUGAGCCGAUUAUACCUCUCUUGAUCGAGGCAUACUUCCACCGCUUCCACUGGUACAUCCUUCUUUUCCACGAACCCUCGUUCUGGAACAAGACUUACAGGGUGUACUGUCAACCGAGUUGGCAGCGGAGGGAUCUACCCGAUGUAGUCACUGUUCUAAUUGUUGCGGCCCUAGGCCUCCAAUCAGUUUUGCAGGAUAGUACUUGGCAUGGACACAACACUUUUCGCAUUCAUCACAUCAACCAUCGCCAAUUACUACUAGACUUGGUUAGUGAGGUGCGUUUUCAUCUGAUGGACCUCCUAGCCAACCCGCGCAUUGAGGCGAUACAGGUCUGCAUUCUGCUCUCUUGUUUCCACAUGUUCCACAGUUCGCCAGGUCUGGCUUGGAGCACAUCAGGAAUGGCUGUAAGAGCAGCUUACGCUCUCGCGUUGCAUACCAAAGCUCCGGCUAGUCAAGACCGGAAUGCGGCCCAAAUCCGCUACCGAUGUUGGAACCAUAUUACGGUUGGUGACAGUUUCGUUACAAUGAUCUACGGAAGACCGGCCUCCGUCGAUGCAGCAUUUGCAGAUCUACAUGAGCUUGAGCACACCGAUGAUCUGACCAUCCCUCCUGCGAUACUAGACCUACUGGGGUUUAGUGAAUGCAGCAAUAUUACCUCGAAAGUGACAUUCCAUCAGAUGAAAUUCAGGCUUUAUUAUAUUAUCCGACAAGUCUUGAAUCGCUUCCGGCUUCUCCGCCCAAGUCAGCCGAACACAAAUGAUGAUUUUAUAGCAAUUUCACAGGCGAUAAAAGACACAGAGGCUUCUCUAGCUCAGUGGCGUCAAGAACUUCCAUCUCUGUACAAUUUUGAGGAUUGGAGCUUGGAAGACCGAUGGGCGCGGCUGGACUACUUGCUGCAGGAUAGGCCUGCAGAUACCCAAGAGCAUGCGGAAAUAAUUCUUCUCCAAGCCGCCAUGCUGCAAUUGCUAUAUGAUGGUGCCGUCAUCCUCACCCAUAGGCCUCUACUAAAAUGUCAAGUGAAGCCAAUACGUUUCUCCGGGUCUGUGAUUGAUUCGAUGCAAAAAUCAUUGGAUGCUGUUAUCUGUGCAGCUCUUCGUCUAUCAUCCUUUCCCGUUCACAGGUUUGAGAAGCAUUUUGUGGUUUCUAUAGUCUUUCACUACCUCUUCGUGGCAGGUGUGAUUUUGUGCAUCAUUCCUACCAGUCAGCCAUUCACCAAUAAUGCCCAGGAAGCAAAAGCUGGUGUUGUGAGGAUUAUACGUGCUAGCCGAGCCAUGGCCCAGCAUAACCGCAUUGCAAGACAAACUGACAAGUUACUUACAGAGCUAUUGAAAAAAUCCGUCCAGCGAGAAACACUAGCAGCUUUGGAUAACUCGAUGACUGGGUAUGAUUGGGAUGAGGCGGAGCCGCUCUUAGAAUCUGAGAUGUCGGCAACCAAGGACCCUCGAGUCGGCCCUCUGGAAGGUUCAAAAGAAGUUUCGCAGGCCAACACUACAAUAUAUCAACAGGAUCACGGGCUCGUUCACCGAGAGUUUAGCAUGGAUAUACCGGAGCUACUUCAAUCUUACCACCAUACACUUAACACAGGAGCAGCAAGGAAUGAGCUAACAGAUCAGAGCAUGUUACCGAGUGCGCUGUUGCCACUGGACCCUCAUUCGGCUCUAAGUUCUGAACAACUCUUAUGGUCGCAGCUUCAAGUUCUAUGCGAGUCACCCGAACGCUGGACAACUAUUUAUGCUCUCUCCCGGAGACCUCCGACUAAGAAUUGGCCAGCGCACGUCAAGCAUAUUUCUGUGGACUUCUUGGAUUCUCCCGAGAAGAUUGCCGAGCAGCUUAGACUGCACGAGGUGAAAGCUGACUAUAUUUUCUUCUUUGCAUACAUUCAGCCGCCACCAAAAGAGGGCGGAAGUAUCUGGAGCGCUGUAGAGGAACUCGUUCGUGUCAACAAACAACUGCUGGUGAAUUUCUUGGAAGCCCAAGCGUUGAACAAUUCGAUUCCGAAGCGCAUCCUUUUACAAUUGGGUGCAAAGUACUAUGGCCUCCAUCUAGGCCCUGCAAAGCUUCCUUUAGAAGAAUCAGACCCACGAGUACUUUUAGAACAAAACUUCUACUAUGUUCAAGAAGAUUAUUUGAAGGAUUUUGCGCAAAAACACAAUAUUGGAUGGAACACAACUCGUCCUGCCUUCAUUCCGGGAGCAGUCACUGAUGCAUCCAUGGAUCUUUGCUUUGCAUUGGGAAUCUAUGCUACUGUCCAGAAAUACCUAAAGAAGCCUCUGGAGUUUCCAGCCGGGUUUACAUCCUGGACGAACGUGCAAAAUCUGUCCAGUGCUGCAACAAACUGCUACCUGGCUGAGUGGGCAGUUUUGACUGGAAAGGCUGAGAAUCAGAGCUUCAACGCAAUUGAUGGCGCUCCGUUUACCUGGGAAAGAUUCUGGCCCCAGCUCGCCGAUCGGUUCGGAUUACCCUGGACUGGGCCGGACUUGAGUGAGACUGCCAGUGCGCAGUACCACGACGUACCAUUUGCGUCUUAUGACCCUCCGCCCCGUGGAUACGGGCCGCCAAGCAAGGCUCAGGUCAAAUUCACCUUAACUGAAUGGGCGAAGCAACCUGAGGUUGCAGAGGCUUGGAGGAAGAUUGCGAAAGACAGUGACCUACGAGACAAGGAACUAAGAGACCCUGAUCGAAUUUUUGGAUUUAUUGAUGUGCUUCUUUUGAUUCCCUAUCCUGCUGUGUACAGCGUAACCAAACUAAGGAAGCUUGGUUAUUUUGGAUUUGUUGACACAAAUGAGUCAAUCAUAGAAGCUUUGGAGUCUCUUGUUGGUCUGCGCAUGAUUCCGCAGUUUUGA